UGGGCAGUAGGGCAGUCUCUACACAACUUGCUCAGAAAGCGGUAGUGCGUGUUGGUGGACGCUGGAGAAGGUCUUUGCUAGUUGUUGGCUAGCAAUACCUCGAUGGAAGAAAGGCCCAGUAAACAGGCACACGAGAAACACUGUCAUCAUGGAGAAGAGAAGAGCCCUAAUCGACCAAAAAAAUCGCUGAAAAAUGAUCAAAGUCAGUGCCAGUACCAGCACCAGGAAACGCAGACGAAGAAAACAGGCGAUGGAAGAAUAAAUGGCAGCAUCACGGAGGGAGAGAAAACACUCUCUGCAAUUGAUCCAGCCUGCAUCCUUUAUCCUGUGAGCGACAAUGGCAGUAGACCACUGCUAGACACUAACUUGAAAGUGAAGAAGCCAGGAAAGGCCUUUAGCGCUCUGUUGGAAGCAGGGAGCAGAGGCAGCUACAACUGCAAAAACAGUAUGGACAGCAAGAAUGACAAACCCUUAGAUUUCUCACCCCACGGGGGCAAGCCUUUUGACAAGAAGGAUUCCCUUUCCCUUCUGAACGGAAUCGUGUCUCUCAGUGCCAGUCAUAUCACAAAUGGUUACCCCUGCAAGUCGGUGCUCGACAAUGAUGGCAGCGGCUCUGAGAACGGAUACACCACACCUAAGAGACGCAAAGCCAGACACAGCAGCAUCAAGAGUGCAGAGAAUGUGAGCGUGCAGCAGGAGAAGACCAUGCAGCAGGGCAGCGCAGCUUCUCACAGGCAGGACGUGGGACCUCUGAGCCCAGAACCCGAGAAACUGGCCAGCCCUCGCCUGGACAGUGGAAGACCCUGCGCCAAGGCAGAGGCCUGUACCGGAGUCACACGGGCAGGGGAACUGCAGCACAAGAACUCAGAGGGCAAGGCCACCGGCACCCCCAGUAAAAAGUUUGAGGACCGGCCCGGCAAACCCAGACUCGCUGCUUCGGUGACCACAAAAGAGGACUCGUGGACUUUGUUCAAGCCCCCUCCCGUUUUUCCUGUGGACAACAGUAGUGCUAAAAUUGUGCCCAAGAUCAGUUAUGCAAGUAAAGUCAAGGAGAACCUCAACAAAGCAGCCCAGGCUAGAGGUGACACUCCCCCACCUCAGGAGCCUGGAAGACUCUCAUUGGUUCCCAUGUCUGCUUUGAAAACUAUGACUUCACCUAGCUUUAUGAACGGCCCAAUUUCUGGUGAGGGCAAUGGCUGCCUCCCAGCCGAGCCACUCUUUACCACUGCUGCUAGUACUGUACCGCUGGCCUCUCCUCUAUCAGGGGGCGAGAAUGUAGCAUCCUCUCCUGACAAUGAUAGUAGCACUACGACAACCCCUGUGGCAGCCACUGGUGAACCAAGAAAGUCUAGCCUUUUUGUUUACCCUCUUACCCCGACUAAUAUGCAACUAGCGCUCCCAAGCGCCUGCCAAGUGGACACACCUGCUGCUCAGACAAAUCAAAAAGCCUUGGGGGACAUCUUCCGGAACCAAUGGGGGCUGUCCUUCAUCAACGAGCCCAAUGCAGGGCCAGAAAGCAAGGCGGGCAAUGCCGCAGAGGUGACAUUUCAGGGGAGGUGCCCCGUUGCCACGGCCACACAGGACUCCAGCUCAUCCCCGUCCAUAUGGAAGCCCCCUCCCUUCUCAGCAUCUCCUGAGGUGGACAAACGGACUAGCCCCCUACCCAUUAGCAGUGUUCUAAAAAUCUGCCCCCCUGAAGUGCCUGUCAGUGGGGGUGGGUCACAAACCCACCCUCUGGGACAGGACACACUCAGAGGCGAGAUUGGGAGUCUUAGUGCAAUAGUGUUUGCUUCUUCUAAAGACCCCAGUGCUGAACCUCCUCAGGCCUGCCAGACUAACUCUGCGUUGGCUCUGGUUAAAGAGCAGAGCCAGUGCAAGGGCUUUGACAGAAGGUGUAGCAGGGGGUCGUUUGAUCUUAAAGCUGCUGUAGUUUAUCACACUAAAGAAAUUGAAUAUAUUUUGAAUUUGCAAAAACAAGAUCCAAAAAGGGUAAUCAUGUAUGAUGAGACCAAGGACAGACCUGAUCAGUGAGGUUGAGACUGAAAAUGGCCAUCUUCUCUUUGGGGUGCUGGGGUUGGACUUGCCCUGAAUGCUACAUGUGCUCUUUUUCAAAGUAAAAAUUCGAAUUAAUCGCAACCCUCACUUCUGUAGUGGCACUAAGAAAGGAGUAUCCUACAACAGACUACAAAAUUGUGUAGUUGUGGGAAGCAAAAUGCAGAGGAGAAAAACGUGGAGGGGGGUCGCUUUGGAGUGGAAUCGCAUUUAUGCAAAGUUCCGCACUGGAGUCAGUGGAGAGUUGCUGGAGAACAGUGCAGCCCGCACCGGAAUGUGGUGCAGAAUAUGCCUGAGCUCAAAUACUUUGUUCAUAAGCGGUCAUGAUCAGACACUGUGGAAAUUUUGGACACUUCCCGCUGUGAUGGCUCACAACUCGUGACACCAACCUUUAAAAUAUUUCGCUGGUGUCAAGAGAGGACAGACAACUCUGUUUAUAAAUGGGAUGCCUCUGUUUUUGUUUCUUUAUGAAUUCAAAUCAGUUUACUAUCUAGAUACGUAGGUGUAUUAUUGUGUAUACAUAUGCAAUAAUAUAUGUACUUCUGAAUUCAUAAUGACAACAAAGAAAUGGCAAAUACUUUAAAAAAGAAUGCCUUGAUAUUAAUAGAAAAAAAAUGGCAGGAGGAAUUUGUCCUGUCUUGCUGCAGGUAAAAUAGAGUUCUAAAUAUUAUAUAGAUGAAAGUGACAGGGAAAACGGUUGUCUUAAAUAUAUUUUGGAAAGAAGAUUUUCCAGGACAGAAAGGCCCUCACUGGAUAGCUUUAGCUGGUGACCCUUUUUCUUUUGUGGUUUAUCAACUAAAGAGGCACCAUUGAAACCGAAAACCGGAAUGAUGGAAAGCGGAACAUUCAACGGCAGUGGAGGCAAUCUUCUUAUCCCACCUGGGCGUUUAACAGUUGAAUUGACCUGUUCCACAAUUCAAAUGGAGCAAUUGCUGUUGAUAUAUAUAAUUUUUUUGUUUAAGUAAUUUAUUAGGCCCUUGAAAACCUUAGUCCGUUUGAAGGUCUGUGUUUACCGCUAAAACUCAAAACAAAUGUUUAGGCAUGUCUAAUUGGAAUUCCCUUUUUGGCUUGACUGUAGGCGUCUCCUGAUGUUAUGGAACUGUCUGUGACGAUGUGUGGUUGAGUGCAGAACAAAUGGCUUUGUGUAUUUCAUCUUUUGAUGUCGUUUUUGUCUUUAAGGCUUGAGAAAUGAUUUUCUAAAAUUGUGUUGCUAAAGUUGUUUAACUUCAUCUUGGUGCACAUGGGUAUGUCUCCCAGGUUUGCAUUUGCUUAAUGUCAUCUCAGAGUUUUGCACCAUUUACUUAUUUGACUAGUUCAGCUUGAUCCUGCAUUGAUUUAGUCCAUGAUCCUUUUCUUUAUUAGUUUAAGAUUUUUUUGCACAUGUAGACAAGAAAGGGUCUAGAUGUGUCCUGGUGAGCCCAGCCCUUUUGCUAGGUGUGCACAGCCAGGCAGACGUUCAUUGAGAAUAUAUUUGCAACCCAAAUCGGUAAGUGGCUGGACCAGCCCCAUAAAGGGUUAGGUUUAGAAUGCCGACGUUGCCUAUACUAAACCCUUGGAAAUCUCUGGAGCAUUAUGUAGAGCACAGUGAUGGAGGUGUGGGACAGAAGUGUAUGCACUCUCUUGAUAGCUGUUCCCUGAAAGUAUGGGUUGGUGCGUCACUCAUCCUACUGUCUCCCAGGCAGUUUCAGUUUCAUUUUUCAGAUUGUGAAUUUCAUAUCCCCAUCAUGAAUUUGAUCGCAAGAGUUUUUUGCACUUUAUGUAAACCUUUUUUUAAUGAGUAUAACUAUAUAUAAGUAUAACGUAUAUGAUACUAACCCCCUGUUAAAGGCUUUAGGCUGGUUUAAUAUAAAAACAAAAAUAGAAAAAAAUUCACUCAGGUAGAAUUAGGAAAGCCAUGACCUUAGAAGAUAGACCAACGCAAAAUGUAAUUGUCAAAUGAAAAGUGAUGACCCACGGUUUUAUACUUUUUUCCAUUUUGCUAUGUAACAUUAAAUUGGGUGGGAGGUAUUUUAUAGUUAAAUAGUUCUAAAUAGUGCUAACAGUAAUUUCUAAAUUAUCAAGGUAUUGGCUCUUCCCACAGAUAAGCACAUGUUGCACUGCUUUCAAUUGUUUAGAUUUUUGUUGUCAGGGAAGGUCGUCUGAGUGAGCUCUGGCUUAAAUCUGUUUAGGGCUAUUGCAAUAGUUGGAUUAAUGCUGCAGCUGUUUUUCCACUUCAGUCUGUCUUUUCAGCAGUGUUCAUGUUCUGGUCUGUUGCAGGUCCAAUUCAAAUUGCAGGUGGAAAGAAAACAUUUUCUUUCCAAGACGCCACAUAUUGCAUAGGGGGGCCUUCACAGUCUGGGAUAGAAUCUGGACCUUGAUAAAUGUUUAUGGUGAUGCAAAAUUGGCAUUAGCGUUGCCCUGGGAUAGGGAGGGUUCAGUCCACUGGAACUUGUGUGUCAAUGCUCUGGUCAUUUUGGUUCCUGUGGUCUGAUUUCUAAAGCCGCACAUGAAGCGUCUUCCUCUGACUCAUGUCUGUGCAAGCUUGGCCUGUGAGCUGCAGUGUGAAAAGAAGCAGCUGGUGAAGUUGUGCCUGGGAGGACAGUGCGUGCUUGUGUACACACUCCCACAUCGGCUGUCGAGCUAACAACUUGGCAUUCAAAAUUGGCGAGGCUAUGGGGGAAGGCAUUACAAAGAUGUUCUCUCUGCACGGACUGCGUCUGUCUCAGCAUGUGCCAGAGAAGGGCCUGAUUUCUGUUCUAUGAUUUUAUAAUUGUUAUUAACAAGUCUAAAUUCUUCUGUUUCAAGAUGCUACUGCUUCCUGACAUGUUGCAUACUGUUUUGUGGGACUUGGACCUAAGUAUUAUUUGUCUCCUUGUAAUAUCAGAUUCAAAAGAAAUGGGUUUCUGAACUGAGUAAAUUAACUAAUUUACUGUUAUGUGAACUAUCACAGUUGUAGUUAUUGUUCUUAGCCAAGCCAAAUCCAUGUCAGAAUUUCAUGUGCUAGAAAGUGCUCCUCUCUUAGGUCAGAUCGGUCUUGGACUGUUCGUGGGCUGGGACAGCUCACAGUUGGCUGCAAUAGAUAAAAAGAACUGGAUGUGUUCCUGACCAUAGAUAUUUUUUACUACUUUUAGCUAUGUGCACUAUUGCAUAUUGCUGAUAUUUUUAUUUGUAUUUAUCAUGGGUUUCUCAUUGAUAAAAUUGCUGUAGACAACCAGCUAUGUUUGCACAGUUAGUGAUGAAAGGUUGAUAAUGGCUGAAUUUCUUCUUUUCCUCCCCACAGUGUUAGUUUGUGUACAAGCAAUACCUCUUAAAUCAUCCCAAAACAGGAAGAAUAUUUGGCCUAGGGGCUGUAACAGUUUAUGAAAUUGAAUAUUUAUAAACCGGGUGUGUUGAGUUGAAAGUUGCAUCUGUUGCUUUCCUGUAUGAGUGUCUUGGAUUUACAAAUGGUCUCUGACUUUUUUAACCCAAACAUUGUCCUGUGAACUGAUUUUAUACUGAGGAAUAAAGGUUUUGCUGUGUCCAGUAUUGGAUGAGAUGCAUUAAUAGUGGUUAGAAUAGUGGUAAAAUGUUAACCCCUCGAUUUAAUGAUUCAGUUUUCCCAGGAAAAAUGUUUUAAUGCACUUAUUUAAUUCGGACUGUUAUAUUUAUGCAUUUGAAAAGUGCAGAAUAAAAUCUGUCUGAAAGGUAAUGUUUCCUCCAAACCAAAAAAUGCUCUAGGAACGAGCAACUAUUUUAAUAAAUGUGGGUCUAGGUAUGUUUAUUUUUAACACUUUAGGAAGGCUCUUGAGUGGACCGAAUGAGAUUGUGUGAGUGGCAUUUGGAAAGAAAUUCUGGUCUGUAUUUGCAUACCCUGAAGACAUUCAAAUACCACAAAAAUGCUUGUGCAGGCAUUGGCUUUAGCUUUAUAGUUUUGUGGUCUUUAAAUGACAGGCCGGUAGCAGUUAGCAUUGGCACAGUCCCUGACCUUGUAUGUCUGUGUGCGCGUGUCUGUGCCUGUGAGACUGACUGAGUUUUCACAAAUGAUUAUAUGCAAACCUAUUUGUUUCACGAGUCUGGUAUUACCAUGUUUAGUCUGCCUGUGUUUAAAAGGAGAGGUGUUAAAAGUUAUAAACUUGAUAAAUGCUCACUUUGUCUUUACUUUUGAAAUUAUUUUUAAAAUCUUACGUGCCAUGUCUUGUUUUGUUUUUUCUUUUACAGAGUUGUUUUGAAUUUGUGGUAUUUUGUCUUUCCCCCCCCUUUUUUUUGUUGCCUCCCCUCAAAUUCCUUUAGCAAGUUUCAAAUAUUUUGAACGAAACUGUCAGUGCUUAUUAACUUGUCAGAUAAAAUCCGUUAUUCUUUAUUGAUCCUACAUUGUUACAUUUUUAGUAACCUGGCUAACUGGUAUAUUCAGUCCAUCCUCCAAUGUAUGAUACUGUGCUAGUCACAAAUAAAUUCUGUUUUACACUAAUUUGAGGAAGUACAUUAAUGUCAGAGUAACAUGUAUUCGUAUCUUAAUUUAGUCAGGUUUGUUGUUGCUAUUAAUUUAUUUUAAUACACAGUAUAGAUUUGAAAUGCACUGCUGCUCAAAACAGAAUGAGGAGAAUCAAUGUCUGUCACAACCUGGAAAUGCCAGUCAUUUUUAAGGAAAUUACUGGAUAAGUCAGUGUUAAUCAAGUAAAAUUUACAUUAAUUGGGCCUUCAAGCAUUUUUAUGGGCAAAUUUCUUGAGCAUGAGUAUUCCUUGCGACCUUAUUUGAAUAGACAUUUUGUAUUAAUUUUGUCAGUACACAAGGACGAAGGCCUGGCGAAGCUAACCGAAAACACCAUAAUAUGUGUAGAGGUCAGGAGGUACAGUUUCUACAUUUCUACUGUGAAUUAGCUGAAGUAUUUGGCAGCGUACUUAUGUGAGUAAAUGGUGCAAUUUGAGGGCUUUGUAACUUAAUGGUUUAUUACAGGUGAGUUGCUGCCACUGCCAGCUUGGGAUGGGUUCUUGUUCUGGUGGUGUGGUGAAGCCACCGAGGGGCGGGAGCAGUGCCGAGUCCAGGCCUCAGCGGCGACAUGCCCCUGUGUUGAGCACACGUGUGUGCAGGCAAAUCCAAAAUAAAACGACUAAAUCAAGUGACUUGUAAAUACAAAGAAUUACACAUACCAGAAGUGCUGCUUUUUCAUCCAGCUAUUGAUUGUCUUUAACCGGGACAGCUGGCCUCCUAACGCUGUGUGCGUGCCGCACUUGUCUCUUUGCCUGUCUCAUUUCCUGCUGUCUAGACCUCCUGUGGAAUUAAUAAAAUGAAAAAAAUAUUUUGAAAUUGUAAUGAUGCUGUUAGGCUGUAAAAACAUCACAUUGACAUCUGUGAUGCAUAAAGGAGUUGUCAGUGUAAGGGAAAUGUGUACAUGCUUUAUUUUUAGUUUGAGGAUAUUUUACGUGCGCCCGUUUUCUCCUCCCUUAGCUGGUGCGGUGUAUCUGUGUUGCUCACCACACGCUUGUCUGGUGCCAAGUUGAUCUUUGUCUUCUGAGCAUCUCUGUGUUUCGUCUCUUACUCAUGACUAGUGCCUGUUGAUGUAUAUUGAAUCAACGUGCACAUAAAUUCGAUAGCUAUCUACUGAAACUAGAGGAGGCUGUAACGGUAGGAUUCACCAUUUCUUUUACAGUUUUACGUUCUGCUUUUUCAGAAGGUGACGAGAGUCUGAAAAUAGUUUGUUUUUUAUUUUUGCUCUUGUUUCAAAUACAUGUAAAUGUUCCUCAUUUUUGUUUUUCUUCUCUGAGGCAUGUAAAUGUGUUUCAAAGUCCAAACGAAUGUUUUAAAAUCGAGUGGAAUUCUAAGUGUCUUUAACUUUUUUUUUUCUCAUUAAAUUGUUUUAAAAUGUAUUUAAAAACAAA